GUGAGCGGUAAAAAGCCAUGGCAGAUCCGGAAAGAAUUGGCGAUUCGGCUGAGGAUCUUGAAGAAAUGGAGGAGGAAGAAGAACCAACAAAAGUUGCGAUAACUGAAGAAAUGUUACAGAGACCCGAAGUCUUGGCAGCGCUACAAGGAACUCUGCACAGAGAGAUGAUGGAGGCUCUACCAGCUUCUGUGAAACGAAGAAUAAAAGCAUUAAAAAAACUUCAGCUUGAAUCUACCCACAUAGAAGCAAAAUUUUAUGAAGAAGUACAUCUUUUAGAAUGCAAAUACCAUAAGCUAUAUUCACCAUUGUAUGAAAAACGGGGAGAAGUGAUAUCAGGCCUAUAUGAGCCAACAGAUGCAGAAUGUGAAUGGGAAUCUGAUGAUGAGAAGAUUGAUGAAGUGAGUGAUGCCCUCAAGAAAAAAGUUAAAAUUGAUGGAGGUGACUCUGAAGGAGAUAAAAAUGAUGUGAAUAAAAAUGAAGAUGUUAAGGGCAUUCCAGACUUUUGGCUUACUAUCUUCAAAAAUGUCCAGUUGCUAUCUGAAAUGGUGCAAGAGCAUGAUGAACCAAUUUUGAAACAUCUAAUUGAUAUUAAAGUAAUAUUUCUGGAGUCCAGUCCAAUGGGAUUUGUUUUAGAAUUUCAUUUUUCACAAAAUGAAUACUUCUCCAAUUCAGUUCUAACUAAGGAAUAUGAAAUGAAGUGUAAGCCAGAUGAAAGUGAUCCCUUUAGUUUUGAGGGACCAGAAAUAUUUAAAUGUAAAGGGUGUGUUAUUGACUGGAAAAAGGGGAAGAAUGUUACAGUGAAGACAAUUAAGAAGAAGCAGAAACAUAAGUCUCGAGGUGCUGUGAGAACAGUUACAAAGACCAUUCAGAAUGAUUCAUUUUUCAACUUCUUUUCACCUCCAGCAGUUCCCGAUGACCAAGAUGCUGAAAUUGAUGAAGAAACUCGUGCUUUGCUGACUACAGACUUCGAAAUUGGUCAUUACAUCAGAGAGAGAAUUGUUCCCAGAGCUGUCCUGUAUUAUACAGGUGAAGCAUUAGAAGAUGAAGAUUUUGAAGAGGAAGAGGAGGGUGAAGAAGGUGAAGAAGAGGAAGAUGAUGAUGAUGAUCCUACAUACAAGCCUGGCAAUCGUAUUUCUGUUCGUUCUGGUAAUAACCCAACACCAGGUGACUGUAAACAACAGUAGCAGUUUGGUGUUUGCAGCCGCUCACACUCUUGAAUCUGCUUCUCUUUUUUGUAUGAAAAAUUAAAAAUAGUAUAAUGCUAAAUUCUUAAAAAUUGGCAAAUCAUGUUUGUUACAUUGAUACAUGUUUUAUAAUGUUCGUUUAAAAUUGUCUGUUGGUUAGUUUUCUUAUCAUAAGAACUAUUUUCACUGUACACCCAUGUUGAGUGCUUGAACCACAAUGGUUGUCAAUAAAGCAAGCAUUUUUAUAAA